CCAUGUUUCUAUGCAAAACUCGAUGAAAAGAAUGCGGAAAGAAUGGAAAAUGGAGAGGAGAAGAAUGGACGGUAACGCGUCUCGACACGUCGGUCGUUGACACGCGAGGUAAUUGGCGGCCAGUUUCGUGUUAACGGGUCGCGGAGGGUCCCGUGAUGACCCCGAUUCACCGAACCACCGUAUCAAUUCUCUAAACCUAUCACCGCCACCACCGUGCACCACACACACGCUUUAUUUUCCAACUGGAAAGAGAGAGCAGGCUUCGGUAAAUUGGAGCUUGCUAAUCGUAAGAAGAGGUCAGUAGUGCAGUUUAGCCACGGUAUAAGAGCGGCCCCAACACCGCUUUACCCCACUAAAGUAGUUGGAACGUUGCACGGUGCCACCAUGAACGUAGUGCUGAACGUAGUGCCAUUUUUCUUAGCCGCUCGUGUCUUCCUCGAAAGCCCGUGGAUGCACGGGCCCGAGUACAUCUUCCACGUCCAAGUGAACUCGACCGCGAUCCCGGAGGAAGGUAGCUACAUAAGCAUCAGGUUGAACGUCGCGUCCAAAUUGGUGUGCCAGCCGAAACGUUUCCACGCGUUGACCUGCCAUUUUCGCGAGUCGAAGGCGGACAGUUACGUGACGGAAAGUUUGGACCCGGGUUCGCCGGCGAUCCCCGUGAGCCAGGUGUCGAGGCAGGAGGCGUACGAGAUCAAUCAGGAUCAGUUCGAGAUCAGAUUCACGGAGCAGGGGUUGGAUAGCCUGGUUGUGAACGAGAACGUGCAACCGAGGGAGUUGGACAUGAUUCGGGUGAUCGUUGGACAGUUGAACAUAGGCGCUCUGGUAGGGGAGUACGAUCGAACGUUCGAGCUGAUGGAGAACUUCACACAGGGCGAGUGCGUGACCAUGUUCACCGUCGAACGUAACACAGUCGCCGGUUUGAGCCGCGCGGGUCGCAAUUACAUUCUGGAGACGGUGUUCGGGUUGAAGGACGGUCAAUUGGUGGAGAUCAGAAAGAUAAGGAAUCUUCACAUGUGCACGCACAAUGUGCCCUAUUUCUUCGGGAGCGCGGAGGGUAUGAAACAGAUGAGCGACGUGGUGUCAACUGUCAGCUCGUCGGAAAGUCACAUAGCGAUCACCUCGACCGAGUUUAUAUCCGGGACCACGAACGUGAUAACUACCAGCAAGGUGUCCGAGGGGAUGGUUACGACUCUAUACGAGAACAUAAGCGUGAGAUUGGAAUCGAUAUUGGCGGCGAGCAACGAUCCACCGGAAGUGAAGGAUCCGGAGCUGGCAAGCAUGUUCAUAGGUAGAUGGCUGAUGGAGAACUCGAUGGAGGAGGACGAUGGAGACUCGUCGUCGUCGUUGGAGGUUUGAUUUGGAGGGCCUUGAAUGACAAUAAAAUUCAAGUAUACCACUAUUGUUGUAAAUAAUAUUGUAAGUGUGCAUUUGUCGUUCGAUUCUGUAAAUAAUAAAGCGCUCUUUCGUUUGUACAAAUAAA